AUGUCGGUGUAUGCCAAUCUACAUUUUGCAUUAGAGGGUCUACGACCAGCGGCAACGCUGGGUACUGGAGCUAGCAACAAUUCCAACCCAACUUCGAGAGGUCCUUGUGUGCUUGUGUUAGGUCCGAAAGACUCUGGAAAGACUUCAUUAUGUAAGAUUCUCACGAGUUAUGCAUGCAAACAACAGAGAUUUCCUAUGCUGGUCAAUUUAAAUCCCAGUGAGGGUGUAUUUACUGUUCCAGGAACACUUUCAGCAGCCCCAGUUUCAGAUAUCCUGGAUGUCGAGCAAGGAUGGGGCGAAAGUCAGAUCAAUGGGCCAGCCCAUCUCCAUCCUAAACAACCAUAUGCUCAUUUCUACGGUCUCGAAUCUCCUCUUACCAAUGUAAAUUACUAUAAACAUGUCAUUUCCAGACUGGCCCUAGCAGUAUCUUCAAGACUCGAUAAGGAUGAGGUUGUUGCUGGGUCUGGUGUGAUUAUCGAUACACCAAGUACAUUAAUGGAAAGGGAUCCAGGCCAUUCUAUAGUGUCUAGCAUUGUGGCUGAUUUUAACGUCACUGCAAUUGUAGUUGUGGGCCAUGAAAGAGUAUAUUCAGAGAUGGUGAAACGAUUCAAGGAUAAAAAGACUGUUAGUGUCAUUAAAGUAGUUAAAUCAGGUGGGUGUGUAGAGCGGGAUGCUUCGUAUCUCCGGUCUCUUCAGAGCAGAUCGAUUCAUGAUUAUUUUUAUGGCUCGUUUAAACAGAACCUGUCCCCAUACACAGUUACUGUCGACUUUAGUGCGGUGAAAGUCUAUCGUAUCGCUGAAGAGUCGGCACUCCAAAAUACGUCAGUGCUGCCUAUUGGCGAGGAUGAGGUGUCUGCUGUGACGAAAGACCCUGCUUCAGAGUAUCUUGUUCCUCUUGAACCAUCGACAAUUUUGCAAAACUGUGUUAUGGCUGUGCUUAAUGCCUCUCGAGAGGACUCGAUUCCUUCACUAGUUGAGUCCGAGGUUCUUGGGUUUGUUCAUGUGUAA